CGGUAAGGCAGUCCCACCGCAUACCUCAAAUAAUGGCCAAUACAAUUCCUUGUAUGAAGCUGAACACUGGUCAUUCAAUGCCUGCGCUGGGUCUGGGUACAUGGAACUAUCGUCUGCCAGGCAUCUACGACGCCGUUAAGACCGCCAUUGAUGUGGGUUACCGCCACAUCGACACCGCCUGGGUGUACGAAAGCGAGGCCGACGUCGGGAAGGCCGUCAAGGAGAAGAUAUCCGAAGGCGUCGUCAGCAGAGAGGAUGUUUUCAUCACGACGAAGCUCGGCAACUACUUCCACGAUCCCGACGAGGUGGCCGUCGGUUUGAGGGAGUCGCUGGAUGACCUCAAGACCAGCUACGUCGACCUCUACCUCAUGCACUGGCCCGUGUCCUUGAAGAAGGCCGCACGUGGGGUUCUAGCAGACGACACGGACUAUAUAGACACAUGGCGAGCCAUGGAGAAGCUGGUGGACGCGGGAAAAGCGCGCGCUAUCGGCAUUUCCAACUUCAACAUGGCGCAAGUGGAACGACUUCUGCAGACGGAUGGUCUGAAAUACAAGCCCGCCAAUCUGCAGAUCGAGAUGAACCCGUACAUCACCAACACGGAGCUCAUGCAGUUCUGCCUUGAGCAGGGGAUAUCCGUGACGUCAUACUCCCCGCUGACGAAAGGCGUGGCGGACUAUCAGGGAGAAGGCACCUUCAAUAUCUUGGAGGAUGACGUAGUGACUAAGGUUGCUAGGCAACACUCGAGGACUCCCGCCCAGGUGGUGCUGAGGUGGACGUUACAGAGAGGCUGCGCGGUGAUGGUGAAGUCGUGUUCGGAGUCGCGGAUCAGGGAAAACUUUCAGAUAUGUGACUUCAGCCUCACGAAUGAGGAGAUGGCGGCAAUAACGAAUCUCAACAUAAAUCAAAGACUUGUGAAGAGGGAUAACAUGAAGUCGUUCCCCUGGUAUCCAUUUUAACACGAAGCGAUGUCCAUGGCCCCGUGCUUAUAAAAUGUUUAGUCUAAACUCAAAGACUAAUAGAGUCCGAUGCUUUAACGCCAUGGCAACGCCAUACAAAUUAAUGUCAUUGAAGAUUUAAGUCGAUACUCUAAUUUAGUUUUAUAAGAAGGGGCCCUGGCCUCUUGCUUAUAAAACGUUUAGAGUCUAGACUCAAGACUCUAAAUUAGAGUUACGGUAUACUUUAACGUCAUGGCAACGUCAUACAAAUUAUAUUCGAAUAAUGUCAUUGGAGCUUUAAGUCAAUAUUCUACAGUUUUAUAAGCACGAGCCCUGGUCUCUAGCUUAUAAAAGUUUUUAGAGCAUACUCAAGACUAAAUUAGAGUCUGAGACUUUAACGCCUUACAAAUUGUAUAUGCAUGACGUUAUUAGAGAGUUGAUUUUAGACGUUUUUUAAGCACGGGUCGUGGUGUUCGUUUCAACGUAAAGUAUGUUUUUUUUUUUUUUCGGUUUUCAUUUUAACAAGGCUGACAUUUCACUCUUCAGGGACGCAGUCUAUGCAUUUUAAUCACGUAUUACAAUGUGUUUAAUAUUAGUUAUAUUGUAUGGUAUGAUAUGAGGUUAUAGUGUAUCAGUGUAACAGUUAUUACUGUUGUUAUGACGAUUAUGGUUAUAUUAUAUUAUGAUUGAGACUAAGUGUGCUUCCAUAAGGAUGUUGAACAAAAGGUCAUAAAAUAUAAUAAUUAAACGUUGGUUUUACUUUGACAGUAAUGUACCAAUAAAAAUUGUACCCCA